UAGAUUUUUAUUUUAUACAUUCCUCUAUUUUUAAGUGUUUUAAAAACUGAUUUCACGUCUUAAAAUCCAACAGGUGAUCCUUCGCUUUAAGUUUAACCACCAAGCCUGCGCUGAUGGUACUUAUUCUUGUUCUGGAAACUGUGGUAGUGAAAGUACGAUUCUUGUAAAUACCAAGAUUGAUGAAGUCUCUGGUUCUUGGUGUCAGAGUGAAAAAAUCACAACUCGGCGUCUUCCCAACAACUCUCCACUGCAGCUUGUGUUUUCCAGCAGUGAAUGGUUUACUAAUUUAAAUGGGAUUGUAGCCUGGAGAGCAGUGACCGACGUUGAGCUGAGGCAGCGAUCCGACACCAAAAAACCAAACUCAUCACCACAAACCACCGUGGUUCCCGCACUGAGGGUUCCAUCAAACUGUGCAGUAAACAUCCCCCUGUUGGCCUUUGACCCCGAUGGAGACCAGGUUCAGUGCAGAUAUGCUAACCUUUCUUUAACAGAAUGUGCGUCGCCCUGCACACCUCCGCCUGUCCUCAGCCUCACUUCUACCUGCAUCCUGUCAUUCAAGGGAACGUCCAGCAGUAAUGAAGGCUGGUACGCCGUCCAGAUGGUGAUGGAGGAUUUUCCCCGACAAUCCAUCUCCCUGACUCAGUAUAACGGGUCACAGGUCGUAAAAACUACCAGCGAUGCCAUCAGCAAGAUACCGAUCCAGUUCCCCUUUCAAGUGGAUCCUGCAGUAUCUUCCUGCACAGAAGGAUUUUAUCGGCCGAGAUUUGUGAGUCCAACUCCAGAACACGGAGCUCAGCUUCCCAUUUUUUCCAAUCAGGCCGUGCAGAUCAGCAUACAAGCAGAGGCGACUAAUUCUGCGAUCACUGAGCUGCUGUUCAGCGGGCCGAACAACGUGGUCAAGACUUCAUCAGGAUCAGGAAGUUUCACUCUGACAUGGAAACCAUCUGCAAGCGAGGAAGGACAGAGCCACCCCAUCUGCUUUGUUGUCCAAGCAAAUGUCGACGCUUCUGUUUUUCAGUCUGCGCUUCGAUGUGUCGUUGUGAAUGUUAUAAAACCACCGAUUUAUAUCCGUGUUCUGAGGAUGAAGAUCUCAACCACGCUCUCACUAAAGGACAAUAAAAAUGCCAUCCAAGAUUCAAUUAGAGAAGAACUGAUAACGAACCGCGGCUUUCCGCCAUUCAUAGCUGUGCGCCUGCUGAGCGACGGGUUAGGUGGUGACAGCACAGUGGCGCCCCCUAGUGGCCAGCUUUGAGAAUGAGCCAUUUUGUGGAAAGGCGCUGGACACGGAGCCACUUUAUCUGGACACAACACAACCUGUUGACAUUACAACCUAACUUCAGCGGCUUCAAACAAUAUAUUUACAAUUAGUAUAUUUUAACUGUAAUCUAUUAGAAUCGUUCAUCUUUUCAUCGAUCUGCUAUUGAUGUUUUCCCUCAGAUGUUCUCACACUUUUAAAUAAUUUCUUAAUGUCAGGUCCUUGGAUCUCUGUAAAGA